AUGAAGCCGACAGCACCACCCGUCAAACGAGGGCGUGGAAGACCGAGAGGAAGCAAGAAUCAACCAGGUGCAGGACAUGUUGGCAGGCCACGCAAUGAUGGACAGCCCCCUCGAAAACGGCAUAAAGGACACGACGAUGCGGAGAGUACUGCUCCAGCACCAAACACCUCGCAUAGCGCCACACAAUCACCGCGCAAUGGCAAGGUUCAACGUUGUGGCAAAGAAUCCACUCCGACGCCACGCAGAGCCCUCGCAAUUGAUGUGGAUUUGGACUCGGAGGUGUUCGAAAACCUCGAUCCUCCUGCGAGGGUUCGCACCAUCCCUCCCGCACUUCCAAUUGCACCUCGUUCUGCAGCCUGCAGCGAGGUGCCUUUGAAGCAGACAACCCUUGCAUUUCGAACGGCCGUGCAGGGUGCCAACCCAGUGUUGGAGGCACCUACUGCCUCAACCGUCGUGCAAACACCGCACAUUUCGCCCCUCAAUACUGAUGCCCAAGGACAGCAAUCUGAGCCUGCUGCCAGCAUUUCGCCUCAAACCUCAACCCACCAGCCACGGGACUUCUCUGAGUCUGGACUGGCCGCGACUAUACGCGAGGCUGAUCCACCUGCGGAGUCGGCAGCUACGAGCAGCGGGAUGACUCGGCGGCAGCCGUGGAGGCACGAUGCAAAUGCACCUGCACUGCCACCAUCACCAACGGUUGAGCCGCAGAGUGCGACGGGUCUUAUUGAUGUUCCUGAGAACCCGUAUGGCUCUGAUCUCGAAGCACCUGCCCCUCGCGAUGACACUGAAAGUGAUCAGGAUGAGGAAGCAUCCCUGGAAGACGAGUUUCGCCCUGUUCCUGAUGACGGAGGAGAGGACGAAGACACGGAGCAUGGAAGGGGGACCUCGACAUCUGGGUCUCCGGUUUUUCUUCAGCGGCUUGGAUGGAUCGGAAAGCCUCGACGUGUGGUUGAUGUAGCUCGGAAUGUCUACAUCAUUGGGUACCGCUACAACUGUGUCCACCCUGGAUGCCGCAAGACAUAUCGAAGCUGGAGCUCCGCAAUUCUCAAUGUUCUUCCUGCACCAGUGGCCAUGCAAUUCCCCUUCCAAUUGACUUACCGCAGUGGGCUCUCAAAUAGCCUCGUUUUGCUUUUGCACUCCUCGAUCAGGGCAGGGAUAGGACCAGUGCCAUUCAUGCAGAUGUUGCAGUCAUUCCACUACGAACACUUCGACAAUCUUCACCUUCAAUACCUGGAGCUCGUGCACGACCGCUACAAAAGUUGUCCGAAACAGUUUUGGGUCCGCAAGCAAGCAUUCGGCUUGUUCAGUGACCGAAAUGGCUACGCUGGAUUUGUACCAAGUGCAGGGUACCUCCGUCGCUUUUAUGACAUGAUUAUCGAACAGCGAUCGACGGAGAUGAAACAGUGUAUUGCCAUGCUCCCGGCGAGAGUGCUCGCAAUUGACCAUAGCUUUAAGAUUAUCAAACGGCUCGGUAGGGUGGGCAGUGCUCCCCUAUUCACUGCACUUCAUACUGUGGUGAAUGAGUACUCCGAGAUUCGGUCCAUGCUCUUCACAAUGAUGAAGGGACAUGAUCAAUACAUGCCCAAUCUGCGCGAAAUCAGCGAGUCACUGGCGAAACAAAACGAACUCGAGCGAGUGUUCCCGUCCCUCUUAAAAGACGUUGUCCCCGUCCUCCCACAUAGUUCCCUUCCCCUGCUUGAAUUUCCUCAUGGAUCAUGGACCGUCGUCGAGCUGAGCAACACCCAUCAAGUCAAUCACCGCUUUGAUGUCAUCAUGAACCAUCGAACAACGACAAACCCGAACGUUACGGUUGCAUUCGACAUGGAAUGGCCAGUCAAUUUGGAGACGGGAAUCCACGGUCCUGUUGCCUUGAUUCAAGUGGCAUAUCAAAAUACUGUCUAUCUAAUUAAGGUCAGUGGCUAUUUUUCCUACGAUGUUGCUGGUUCCUUACAUGUUUGCAUGCACGCACAUUCAGACUGCUCCGUUUCUCGAAAAUGGUGUCAUCAAGCUCCCACACUCCCUCCUCGUGUUUUGCGUUCGCCACUGUUUAAGAAAGUUGGUGUUUCAGUCGGAGCUGACUUCAAGCGGCUGCAGAAUGACUGCGGGAUGCAUCAUGGUGCAGCAUCGGAUGAACCGUUUGCAGGACACGUGGAGCUGGGAGCAAUGGCUAAGGAGCGUGGUGCUACCGUGAAGAGGACUGUGGGGCUUGCUGAACUCGUCGGAAUACUUCUCGGCAGGCACCUACCGAAGGACCCCCAAGUCCGUGUUAGCCCUCGGUGGGCUGAUGCAGUGCUCCCCCAGGAGUACAUCAACUAUGCUGUGCUCGAUGUCUAUGCCAUCUCCCAGGUGCAUUUACAGCUCGCGGGGAUGGACAUUGCCCAGCCUGUUGUGGCCACCACCCCUAGUGGGACUGCAAUUGCACUCCUGGCACCUGACGGACAGGAGGUGGCUCACGGAAUUGUGGCCCUCGAACGUCCUCCUGCCCUCGAUGGUGUUGACGUGUCACCGAAACGAGUCGUGAUGACAGUUUCUAAGGUGCUCGUGUCAUCUUUCCUGCUUCCUGCUCGCCUACAGAAAGCAAAGCAGGCAAAAUCACUCGCGUCAUUCAGCAGUACUCCGUUUUCUAUUGUUGCUGAUAUCCGAAACCUUCGCAUCUGCCCCUCAACUCACAAUGAAGGCUCUGAUGGUCCAUCAUCUGGUUCAUACACGGAAACCCUUGGCGACCACCAGGAUCCCGAGUCUGGAGUCUUGGAUGCAGGAUAUAUUGAUAGCAGCAGCCCUCUGACGAGCACUCUUGUCCCAAAUGAGGAUGAGUGUGAUGGUGAUUCGGAGACCAGCCCUGAACAGACUAUCGAGGGCUCCUUGCGAGAUCCAGCUGCAGAAGCUACACUUGUGGGGGUCAUGGAGCCCUAUGUGAAUGUUGCAGCGAGGAACAACUCCAUCAUUCGUUCACGUGUUCUAUACGACAAUUUUCAUUGCUACCAUCAAUUCCCGAUCGCUCGCCACCAUGGGCUCAGACGGCCGUUUGCACGAGCACUCAGUGCAGCAUUUUUCAUACCGGUCGUGGAGGACAAGGCCGCCAUGGAAGCAGUACUGAAGGACUUCGGGACGACGUACAACGCUCAGCUUUUAUCAAAACCUGAGUGGGUGCUGUCACGAGUCCGGCGUCAUGUACCUCCACCUGAAAUUCUCCUGCCCCGUGUUGCUGACGUCAUCAGAACCUACGGUCCAAUCAAGGAUGCAACAACAGGACAACCACUUUUCAAUGACCGUGCUUGGGAAAUCGCAAAACACGUCAUGGAAAAUGUCCAGCUUGGAUACUACUCAGAUCCUGCAGACGUUGACCUUUACUUUGAGAUCGGGAAAGAUCAGCAUGGCCUGAUGUUGUACCGCUGUUGCCGUGGCACCAACAGUGUCGAAGGUGGUGUUCACCAGAAUCUCAUACGGCGCUACACAUCAUUCAAUACAUUGCCUCUUCAUGCUAUUAAUGUGCUGCUCGACUACGCUGUUUGUCACAAUAUGACGGUUGGCAACAUGAACCGCACCGGCAAAGCAUAUGUCGGACACUUUAAUGUCCCGCUAAAGAAUCACAUUGCUCGACUGCUGACCUUAACAAUGGAUGCACUAGUUCCUGCAAGCAGUGACUUUCGGUGUGGUUGGGUGAACGGCAAUGACUACGAGCUCGCACACGAGACUUUCGGCAUGAUCCAGUUUUUGCCCGCGUUUUUCAAGCCACUCGGAAUGUUGGAGUUCAACGAAGUCUUUGCACGCGAGCAGAACAUUCGGCACAAGUUCGUUGCAGAGUCCCAGGGCACGCUCAUGGCAAUUUUGCCUGUCCACACACGCGAGGAACGUGACCUUUUCCAGCUCCUCGUCCAGUCGUCUCCAUUAUUUUCGGAUUCCAACCGGCAACCGAACUGGACAGCUCUCGCAGUCGUUUGGGCUGGACAUGCUGAUGGCCGUAACAUUUUCUAUAAGCUCCCAGAACACCUCAAGACAUACUACAAGACAUGGACAGAUUUUUGCAAUGAGCAAAACACAAUUUCGCUCAACGCUGAAGCGAGUCGGCGCAUCCGUGCUCUCGUCCGCUCUGCCCCAACCAAUGUCACCAUCAAAGCACCCACAGCACUCCCCACAACCCUGCGUGACUCACUGGCAGUCAGCCCGUGUGUUGACAUCGACGAGGUCAACUCGUGGCAGAUUGGCAAGCUACUCGCUGACCAUGCCCUGCAGCGGUCAGCAGUCCACUAUCUUUAUGCUGACACCACUAGUAUGCACAUGCAUUCCUCGGUCACAGGAUCCUCGCGCGAGCGCAAACGAAAGGCAGGCAGCCACCCUACUACUACAACAGCAUCAGGUAACUGA